ACAAGAGGGUUGUCCCGGUUACUACACUGACAAAAUAUUCUUUAAAAUACUUCAAACUUGUCUUCCAUAAUGUUUAUUAAAAUUAGUAUAAAAGAGUCAAAAACUGUUUGAAAACAUCUUAAAAAGUUUGCAAAAUAUACAUUUACUGAAGCCUCUAAUAAAUUAAUACAUCUAUUAUAUUCGAAACACCCAAAUAUUUAAUUUAAAAGGUUUUUCGCUUUGUGUGCUAAACGUAAUUUGGUUUCUAUGACAUCUUAGUAAACAUAUAAGUUGUAGUCUGAUCUGAGCACUGGAAACAUAUUUAUAUUUGAACAAACCAAGAACUAAGAACUAUUUCCCAAAACUUGAAAAUGGCUGAAGGAAAAGAUCAAGGCAUAGACCAGCUCAAGGCGACUUUAAAGGCGUGCAACUUGAACAGCAAUGACGGAGACGAUUUCGCCGAAUUUGAGGCUACUCUUGCAAAGAUCGAUACUAUAUUGAAAAGCGAAGGCCCCCUUGAAGAUGAUUCGGAGGCAGACAAAGGAGCAGAUGGCGAGGCCAAGGAAAAGAUCAACUUUGACACCAUGGACGUAGACAAAGUGCGUGUAAAAGUGCGCCAAAAUCGCACAGUGAUCAACAAGAAAUCCGUCGAAGAGGACAAUAAAAAGCAGGCCAAGGUCAUGAGCCAGCAGAGCUUCCAGGAGCAGGUGGAGCGGGAUGCCAACGAUCGUGCCGAGAAACGUGCCAAGUCCGAAUACGAGGCAGAGAUGCAGAGAGCCCAGGGAAACGAAGCCUUCCGCAGCGAAAAAUACGAGAAGGCGAUUCUCCACUACGAAAAGGCCAUACUUAAGGUCAAGGACAGUGCUAUAACCUACAACAAUCGCGCUUUGUGCUAUAUCAAGCUUCGCAACUACAAGCGCGCCCUAAAGGACUGCCAAUACGUGCUGGGGAAACUGCAGGAGACUAAUCUGCGUGCCUGGCUGUACCAGGCCAAUGCGUAUAAGCGCUUAAACCAGAACGACAAGUUUGAGGAGAGCGUGGCCAAGGCACGUGAGCAUAAUCCCAACCAGGUGGCCUACAUAGACAAGUACAUCAAGCAGUUGGAGGACGAAGUUUAAAGCGUUUGA